AUGGUUAAGUGUGGUUCAGAAUAUACCAUUGUUGAUUUUCAAUGGUUCGACGAUUGUAUGGCCGAAUCCGACUCUAACCGUCAACACCUCAUCUCUAGACAAGACCGUAAGGAAGGUGGUUCUUCUUCAAGGAUUGAAGGAAGUAGUCUUCCCCACCCCAACUCAGUUCGUCAAACAAUGAAGGACAACACUCCUAACUCCCCCGGGAAGAAUAAUGCCGCCGGUGACAACAAUCCAUGGAAUCCUGGUAAUCACCUUUCAGUGAGAUGGGUGAUGCAAUUCACCAUGUUCCUUGCUCUGUUUGCUGUGUUGUGUAUGUUUCUCUUCAUAUCUGCCUCUCCCUUUCAGUCUCCUACCUUCUCGCACCUCACUGCUGUGUCAAAAGAGUUUGAGAGGAUUGAACGUGAGGAGAAUGGAACUCGGAGGGACUGGAUUUUGGAGUUUUGGAGUAUGAAAGGAGUGGAUUUUGGAGUUUUGGCUGAUCCUGAUCGAAGGUUAGAGAAUAUUCUUAAAGAAGCAUCUAUGGAGGAUAAGACAGUAAUAAUCACCACUCUGAACGAUGCAUGGGCAGAGCCAGGUUCCAUAUUUGACCUCUUUCUCGAGAGUUUUCGCCUAGGUAACCAGACACAAAGGCUUUUAAACCACUUGGUGGUAAUAACUUAUGACCAACACACACAUGGUCGUUGCCUUGCCAUGCACAAGUACUGUUACCUAGCUGAAAAUAAAGAGGGCAAUUUCACCGGUGAAAUGUUUUACAUGUCCCCAAACUACCUUCAAUUGAUUUGGGGUAGAGCUAAAUUCCUUUGUUCUGUCCUUGAGUUGGGAUACAACUUUCUGUUUACGGAUACUGAUAUAAUGUGGCUAAGAGAUCCCUUCAGCCUAUUGGACGAAGAUGCAGAUUUCCAAAUAGCAUGUGAUUUUUUCAAUGGCAACUCCUCUGACAUAAGCAACUUUCCAAAUGGAGGGUUUAAGUUUAUGAGAUCAAAUGCGCGAACAAUUUGGUUUAUAAAGUUCUGGAUCAACGCUAGGAUUUACUUCCCAGGGUUUGGAGAACAGGCUGUGUUCAACAUGAUCAAACUGCACCCCUUGAUUUCUGUCAUGAAGGUGAAGAUUAGGUUCCUUAGCACUGAUUACUUUGGAGGGUUUUGUCAACCUAGCAGGGACCUCAACCAGGUCUCAACCAUGCAUGCCAACUGUUGUGUUGGCAUAGACAACAAAAUUAACGAUCUCAAAAUUCUGCUUGAGGAUUGGAAGAAGUACAUAGCAUUGUCUGAAUUUGAUAGACUACGCUUCAAUUCUUCUUGGACAGUUCCACAACGUUGCGGCAUGCCUGAUCCACCUCCCAUACCAGCUGAGCCCUUACCAGAGGAUCACAAUCCAAUGCAGAAUAUACCUCAAUAA